UGCGUGCUCUCAUUCUGCUCACAAUAACAGAACCACAAGAACUUGCUAGUUGGCCGUUUAUUUAGCGCGUAGCAACAAGGCAAACUGUGCAAAUGCCGUAGAAACUACGUCUACGUUUUUCUCUUUCUUUCGGUGAUGUAUAAUAUCGAGAGUUUUCGUCGCCUUUCCAUUAUAGAGUGAGAAGUUAAAGAUGGAUAGAAAAGUGACGGGACCGUUCGUAGAUGUUUGCUUAUCAAAAUGACGGCUACUAUCGCAUUCCACACCGAUUCUCUGGCUUGUUCUACGUCAAAUUUGGACAUUGACUCCGGAUCUUUUGAUGGGGAAGAUGCUGACCUUUACAAUGAAGGACCUUUGAAUACUCCUUUGCAUGCUGCAGCUGUGAAUGGAAAUAAAUCUCUUCUGCAGCGUCUACUUCAAGAAGCAUUUGCAGAAGGUGAUGCAAGUAUCAUUGAUACAGAGGAUCGUUUUGGAAGAACCCCUUUGGUGUACAGUAUUCUUGGUGACCGGGUGGAAUGUGCUGAAGUUCUUCUGAAAAAUGGAGCGAGUGUGUCUCAUCCUGAUGUGGAUAGAAGAACUCCACUUCAUUGGGCAGCCUAUCAGGGAAACCAUAAGUGUGUAAAGUUGCUACUCUCAAAAGGUGCAAACUGGAAGUCUAAGGACAAAGAGGGAAGGACUCCUCUUCAUUUUGCAGCUAGCUACAAUUCGUGCAAGUGCUUGAACCUGCUUCUUAAGACAGCAGGGAAAGGUGAAGUCGAUGAUCCCGACAACAACUCCAUGACUGCCUUACACUGGGGAGCGUCAUUUGGUAAUGGUGAUCAUGUCAAGCUUCUGCUUAAAUACAAAGCCUCCAUUACAGCCCAGGAUUCAGAGAAAAAGACUCCACUUCACUGGGCAGCUACCAAUCAGAAUGCAAGUGUUGUCAAGCUGAUAUUGGAGCAGUCAACAGAGAUGAUCAACUGGCCUGAUACAGAGGGUAGGACAGCUCUUCACCUCGCGGUCUCUCAACAGAAUGAAGCAGUCAUCAGAGCUCUAGUUUCAGUAGACACGUGUGAUGUCUCUGUACAAGACAACACAUACAGAGCACCUCUACACUGGGCUGCUGUACUUGGAAAUUCCAAGAUAGUAAAGAUCUUACUACGCAAGAAUGCCGAUUAUCACUCAGUGGAUGGAAAUGGUGCCACGCCUCUUCACUACUGCGCACAGAACAACCUUGCUCAGACGGUGGAGACUUUCCUCUCUUACAGUCGCAUGAAGGACAUCCCAGAUAAGGAGGGGCAAACCGCCGUCAUGUGGGCGGCAGGCAAAGGUUCCAGUGCGGCUCUCGAAACAAUGUUGCAUCACAACCUUGACGUGCACGCGGCCGACAAGUUCGAGAGGACUGCUCUCCAUGCUGCGGCGUACUCCGGUCACCUGACAUGUGUACAGCUGCUUCUCCAGCACGGGGCAGGCGUGAACGCUCUGGACAUGCACAAUCACACGCCUAUCUUCAGGGCCUGUGAGACAGGCCACGCGAGUGUGGUCAUUUUGCUGCUAGAGAAUGGAGCAGCUGUUACUCUAGAAGACCAGGAUGGCCGGUCGCCACUGCAUUGGGCAGCCUUGGGUGGGCACACACAAAUCUGCCAAACUCUGAUCAAGAAUGGCGUGUUUGCAGAUGCAAAAGACCGUUUAGGGUGUACCCCUUUGCAGUGCGCGGCGUAUGGAGGCUUUGUAAGCUGCAUGUCGUUGCUCAUUGAACAUGGAGCAAAGGUUAACACAUGCGACAAGGAUGGUAUCUCGGCGCUUCACUGGUCAUGCUCGUCCGGUCAUCUAGAAGCGGUCAAGCUUCUGCUUAGACAUGGUGCAUUUCUCAACUUCAUGGAGGUUGACGGCGAGAGGUUGACUCCGCUGGACUAUGCGAUAUUUGGGGAUCAUCAGGACGUCGCUCAGUAUCUGAUAGAGCAAGGAGGUCUGACUAUCACUGCUAUCCAAGACGUUGCAGCAACCGCGAUUCAGUCGUGCUGGCGCGGCUACCGCGUACGCAAGCCAUUCCAGAACCGCAAGGACCUGUACAUGAAGCACGAACAGCUCAAGAGGGAUAUUCAAAUGCGCAAACAGGAGAAGUAUCGGAGACGGCUGCUGAACAAGGACCAUCACGAGUUAGAAGAGGAAUGUGCAGAAAGCACGGACAUGCCGCCAAACACAGAGGCCGCCAUCAUGAUGGUCUUCAGCGAAGACUGCGAUGAUAUUGCACAGCGAAAGUAUUCUUACGAGUCCACCUCCGAAAAUUCUGGGAACCUGUCUACAAUCUUCGAACACUCCUUUAUCCUCUCUCGAAAUUCCUCUUUCGAUGGAAACGCAGGUAAGGAUAUGCUGGAGCGCGGCGCUGGUCCUGAGAUGUCACAGAGCGCCACGCUCGACGACUCGAGGAAUACUUUACAAGUUUUGACCCCGUUUGAAACAAAAGAACAUACUGAUCUCCAGUUGAUGAACCAAGCUUUGAGCUCUGCGUGUGCGGGUUAUCAGAGCGCGCGUAAGGACGUUAUGUAUGAAUUUCCUGAUCAGACUAAGGCACAGACGUGGGCGGAGCGAGCGCGUAGGGAGAGAGAGCGCUUGAACAUGAUCCGAACUAAAGUCAACGCUGCCACCAUAAUACAACGGUGGUUUCGGCGCGUGAGUCCAAUAAAACACCGCCCAAACACCGACUACUUAGACCAGUCCAGGAAAGAGAUAGCCGAGCUAAUACUUGACCAGGAAGCGCUCAAACACCAGGUCGCGGCGUUGGUGAUUCAGCUGGCGUGGAGACGGUUCGUCAGGCGUAAAGCCUACAAAGCGCAGGAACACGGGGAGCAGAGCAUAGAAACCUCGGAAACUACUUUAUCUAGCCCCGAACAGCCGCCCAUAGGUGAGGUACAGAGUGCUGUUAGAAGGGAGCAGCCUAAAUCAGAGAAGACGCCUCCAAGUACCACGCCCAGCCCACCGCCCAAGCAGCCCAGCAAACCUACGGAGUCCAGGCGGGCCAAGUCAGGAGUGUUCGGAAGGCGAUCGAUUUCUUCGGCGCGGCACAAUUCCACCAUAGACAGUCGGAGGCAUCGUCGCUCUGCCCCCUCCCCCGCUGCGAUCUCAUUCAAUAACGCGUUAGAGAUGUAUAAUCCAAUGUCUACCCGACGAAUGAACGAUCGUGUAUCGACUCCUCGUCGGAGUAACAAAGUUAAGCCGACCGCUACUCGUCGGACGGGAUGGGGACCCUAGUAAAGUGGUCUCUCAUUAAAGCCUUGGUAUGAGGCGAUACUUUAACAAGGUAUAAAUGAGUCAUUUGGUAUUUAUUUUAGAGAAAGAAAAUUUUAAAUUCUUCUAUUUACAAAUAGAAACAAAGGUCAGUCUAAUUUAUCCAGUCUUAAAAAAACGUAUAUAUACCAAGAUGUCUUGUAUAAAAACACACAAUUUAAAAA